AUGUCGCCGUUAAUCAUAUGUCUGUUGGACGGCAAUUGCGUAGGGGUGACGUUCACCUCGAUGCGAGGUACGUACUCCAGAAUGAUAGCUGUAGCCUGUUUCUUGUCGUUAUCUACGUUGUUGUACAAAUACUAUACUAUGAUGCCGGUGUACAAGAAAAACAUUGAAGCUUACGAGGUGUACUCGUCAACGACCGACACAGAACAUCGAAAUCGCUGGCUGUUCUUAUUGUUUCUGACCUUUUUGUACCUGUCCAUUAUACUGCCCAUUAACAUAAUGAGGCUGUUAUUAAUGUACAGAAAUGAUUCGGGGUUUUUCAUUUUGAUAUUUUUCAUGUUCAUGUAUCUGGAAAAUAUUGGCAUGUGCAUGAUAGAAAUUUAUUUCAUAAUUUUGUGUCGUACGCUGGAAAACAAGUUUUUCAAAAUCAACAAUGAUUUGGAGCAUCUUAGUUGGGAAAUCGUGGAUCCGUCAAUGAACAUCUUCGAAAAGACGAUUUCUGUCGGGCAUCGAGUGGUCUACGAUGGGGAUUUUUACAAGCCCAACGAUCAUUCAAUCGCAAAUGCCAUGGAAAUAAUACGUAUCAGACACCAGUUGAUUCGAGAUGCUGUCUACGUAUUGAUGGAUUUGUUUGGCAUACCGAUGGGCUUAUCAUUAAUUACUUUGUGUGUAUUGACGUUAUUUGACAUUUAUUACCAAGUUUUCAACUUAAUGGGUGCCAAUUCGAGGUCGUUGAUAUUUAUUUACAUGUGGUUACUACAGUACUCCAUCAGAUUUUACAUAAUAGUAGUAGUAGCUCACAAUAUGACUAAACAGUCAUUAGUGUUCUAUCUGUUACUUACAAUAAAUGGCAAAAAAACAUACUCUAUAUUGUUAAUGAUGUCUUGUAUUUAUAUUUUUUACGCUACACCUCAAAUUGUUUGCGUAUUGGAAAAUAACUGUGACAGUUCAAUAUCAACGUUUAUAAAAGGGCUGUUUGCAAGGGUGGUAGCUGUGACCUGUUUGAUAUCGAGAUGUGUUAUUUUUAUAAAGGGUAAAACUCAACUGGUACAGUAUAAAAAAAAUAUGGACGAUUUCCAUGUAUUAACACCAAUGACAUCUUCCGAAACAGAUAAAUUGAAAAAAAUGUCAUCUCGGAUCGUAUUGUGUUGCAUAUUACUAACUGUACCUGUAAAUAUGUGUAGAUUAUGGAUUUUAUAUAAUGUAGCAAAACAAACCGUUCCAUUUGUUAUUUUAGUGUACUUACAAAACUUCAGUAUGUAUUGCAUAGAAACUCAUUUUACUGUAUUGUGUUAUGUUCUUUAUCAAAAGAUUGUUGGGAUUAACAAUGAUUUAAUGGCACUUAAGACUGAUACGAUUGUGCGGAACAAAUACCCGUUCAUAUCACUAACUGGAGAGAAAUAUGGAAAAAACGAUAGCACUAUUGAAUACAAUAGAGAAGUUUAUAAAUCCCUGAUAGCCGGCUAUCCAAUGACUAAUUUCUUGGAAAACCUAAAAGCCAAACAUAAAUUAGUUUAUCAAGCUGUAAGAAAUUUAAAUAACAUGUUUGGAAUUCAUUUGGGGUUGUCAUUGUGUGCAUUGUGUUUAUACACUUUAUUCGACUUAUAUUACCACAUGCAAGCGAUAUGGAAACACUCAAAGUAUAAGAUAUUAGUCUACGGCUGGAUUUUACAAUACUUCGUUCGAUUUUUAUUAAUUACUGUCCUUGCACAUUUAACAACGAAACAGGCACUCAAAUCGAAAAUGCUUAUAACGGAUAUAAACAAUCGUUAUUUAGAUAAUAAUACUAAAGAAGAGUUACAACUUUUCCUUAAUCAAAUUUCCAGUUGUUCAAUUGAAUUUACUGCUUGCGAUUUCUUCACUUUAAACACUCAUCUAAUUACAUCUGCAAUUGCAGCUGGCACGACAUAUCUUGUUAUUUUAUUACAAUUCAAUUCAUAGAUCUACUAACAUGUUACUGAAAAUAAU